AUGCCCGCAGCAAGCAUCCACAAUCAGCAAGAGCAGUUCGCCGAUCUGCACAAUAGGGUUCAAAUUUUGAACAAUUACAUGUUGGAUAUGCUUGAUUUGAUGGAUGAAUUUGAGCAUAAGAUGAAACAAAGAUUCACGGAAGUCAUGGCACGAGUGGGGUCCAUUGAUGAUCGAGGUGCGGCAACGAUACGCGAUUUGGAGAAGGUGGAGCGCAACAGUAUGCAGAUUCUACGCGAUCUUGAAAGCAAGGAUUUCAAGGAUGUGCUCAAUUCCGUUCAUACCGCGAUCGAGAACAGCCACGAUGGUCUGAGAAGAUCUUUGCCAUUGCAUUUAGGCGCUGCUGUCGAAGCACAACGCCCGAAUAUGAUAAAGUUCUUAUUUAUGGCGGUCGCGGUACAGAUCAUGGUCACUGGCGCAUACAUGUUGUACAAAAAGAGAAGGGCUGCAGCGCCAAAGAAGUAUCUAUAG